ACUGCGCAUGCGUCGAGGGGGAGGGAGGAGGGCGGUGACGUCACGCCUCCAUGGCCGGCCUCGCCAAGAAGAUCCCGCGUUGGUAUGGCCUGGUCCGCCCAGCCCGUCUCCAUGUCGCUAAGGCCUUUCACCCGCAUAUUAGGCAGAAAACGGUAGCUUCUACUUCUUUAUUACGUAAUGGCCGGAGUUUAGCCACAACCUCAUCCACUGGGAAGAGUGACGGUUUAUCCUCGGUUCGUUUCAACCAGAAUAAGGACCUGGGAUCGAACGAGGACGGGCCGCGGGACCUUCUUGCCAGUUUGCAAAAGCAAAACGACGAACGAACCCCGGAGCUGGAGAGGGUGACUAACUCGUUCUUCGACAUGGGAUUCAAUAAGCCCCAGAUCGCGGAGCUGUUCAGUUUUAAACCGCAGCUCGAAGCCCAGCGGAGGUUGGAGAUAAUUUCAGAAUUAGUGCUCUUGGGUUUGGACCCCGGUCCCGUGUGUAAAAUCCUGAAGAACAGCCCCGGGAUACUAGGCAUGACAGUAAAGCAACUGAAGAAUCAGGCAGGUUACUUACGGAGGCUUGGACUUGAAGCAGGACAUCUACGGCACGUGGCCAACUGCUGCCCUGAUGUUUUCGUCCUGAAACAGCAGCAAAUUGAAGCCGUCGUCUGUGUUUUGAAGAAAAAGUGUCUCUUUACAGUUGAGCAAGUGACAGAAAUUUUGCACACCUGUCCCAGAGUCCUACACGAAGAUCCCAACAGUCUGGAAUACAAAUUCCAGUACGCCUAUUUCAGGAUGGGACUUCAGCAGCCUGAUAUUGUGAAGACCAAAUUAUUGCAGUAUUCAAUAACGAAGAUCAAGCAAAGGCAUAUCUUCUUAGAACGACUGGGUCUUUACCAAACUCCCGAUAAGAAAGGGCAGACCCAGAUCUGUAACCCUACGGUGAUGGCAGUCUUGAGAGUCUCAGAAGCCGAGUUCCUGACCAAGACAGCUCAUUCCUCUUCUGAGGAGUUUGAAAUCUUUAAGAAGCUCUUGGCCCGGGAGGAGGAAGAGGAGUAUGAGGAUUCAGCGUCUGAAGAUGAAAAUUCAGAUUCGGAAGAUGAGGAAGAAUCUUUUGAAAGAACAGACUUAGAAAACUGAAGGUUGGAAAGCUGGGGAAGACUGUUCAAACUUUAUGGUUGUGGGCAGGAAACGUGCCUACCAAUUCUGUUCUCAGGUGUUUAGUUCAGUGCUCUGCACACAGUAAGCACUCAAUAAAUGCCAGUGAUGAUGAUGAUUGAAAGCUUGUGGAAGUCUGUCAAUGAGAUCUUAAAACUUUCUAUUUUUGUAUGAACCUACUCCCUGGAGCAAUCAGGAAGAUACCGAAUUGAGUGGAGAAUACUCAAUGGGACAGUAGAGUUAGUCUAGUCUAUUCAAUCAAUAUUUAGAAUAGAUUCAUAGCCGAGAAUGGACACGAGCAGAAGUGAGCCUAAUUUUCCAGAUUCAGAUAUUAAUUUCCUACAUUACAGUUGGUCGAAAACCCUCCACAACUUUUCCUUUUUUCACCCUUUUAAUGGUGAAGUUAUGUUAAUGAUGGUUACAUUUCUGCUACAGAAAGGGGUAUGGUUCUUAUUGGAGAGAAAUUAAUUUGCUAUCAUUAUCUUUGCAAAGGAAGAGAGAAAACCAAAUAUCUGUAGUAUUGAAGUGAAAUUGGAAUGACUUAUACCAUAUCUGAUUUGUAUAACAGGCUUCUUCCAAAUGCUGCUUGAGUUCUUAAUCUAAACAUGUCUGCUUUCUUCACCCAUCCACUGAUAUAAUCAAAUAAAAUUGGUUAGGGACAGGUAGAUUAGCUUGUGGAUUACUUGUGGAUUUGAGGUCACUGGGGAUAUUAUCUUGUGAUUGAUGAUCUUGGUUAAUGUUGGAGAGCUGAGCUUAAAUUUUGUCAUUUCUCACUUCCCCGUGAACACCAAGUCAGUUCUCCAACAUCUGAUGAGCUCCCACGGGUUCUUACUGAAUUAAUCCCUAGAUGAACUUUGAGCCAGGCCUGUACUGGGCCGGACCAAUAACUCUGAGGUUACAUGUUUGGUUCUGUGGUAAAUAUGCCCAAGAGAAUUCAAAAGUCAUUUUGGUUUUCUCCGACCAAGUGGGAUUUAGAGGGAGAGAAACGAGUUCACUUUCAAGUGACUUGAGUCCAGUCUGGGGUAAUUUACCUAGUAUUGGCUCAGCCUUUGCAAUAGCUCAUAAAAAGGCUCUCUUCGGUAAAGCAUUAUUAGUAGCAUUCAUUCCUGAAGAACUGGGACAGAGCUUUUGUGUCUUAAUGUCCCCAGGUAGAAUCUCUGGGAUCAUUGCAGAUGUACUUGAUACUGUUUUGCAUUUGAUCUUUAGGAACUGUUUGGAGAUUGUAAUUCCCAAUUGCUUUUUUCUACUACGUUGGUGAUUCUGACUUCUUCGGAUAUGUGGGUUAAGCCAGGCAAAAUAGGCCAUACGUAAUCUGCUGCACUAAUCUACUGCCAAUUCAUUGUCAUUCGCUAGGUUUACCUUCCUUUUGGUUCCCAAGUGCACAUUUCAAAAAGAAAAGGGAAAAAAAAGACUUUUUUUAAUAAAUCGUAUUUUAUUUUUUAAAAAACAACCAAAUUUAAACGAGACUUUCUUUUGGUACAUGGUAUCUCUUUUGUUCAUUUGAGAGACUUUCCAACAUGUUAUUUCAUUCUUGGUAUUCAGGACUUGCUUGGCUUUGGACUCUGCAUUAAUUCUUCCCAGUGGAUUAAUUGGCUGUUCAUAUUGGUGAGGGUUUGGCAAACAGAAGAAAUUCAGCAAUAAAGCAGAAAGAUAAGUGAA